UUUGGGCCGCCGGGGCUUUCGCGCCUCUCGCGCUACGUCACUGGGCGCGCAGGCGCCGCGCUUUCAAAAAUGCAGCGGGAGUUAGUGGGUUUCCCGCUGUCGCCCGCGGUGCGGGGGAAGCUGGUGGCGGCAGGUUUCCAGACUGCCGAGGACAUCCUGGAGGUGAAGCCCUCCGAGCUCAGCAAAGAAGUUGGGAUAUCUAAAGAGGAAGCUUUAGAAACUCUGCAAAUUGUAAGAAGAGAAUGUCUCACAGAUCAACUAAGAUGUGCUGGGACCUCUGUGGCAGACAGGAAGUGCACAGCCCUGGAACUUCUUGAGCAGGAGCACACCCAAGGCUUCAUAAUCACCUUCUGUUCGGCACUAGACAACGUUCUUGGGGGUGGAAUACCCCUAAUGAAAACGACAGAAGUCUGUGGUGUGCCAGGUGUUGGAAAAACACAGUUAUGUAUGCAAUUGGCAGUGGAUGUGCAGAUUCCAGAAUGUUUUGGAGGAAUAGCAGGUGAAGCAGUAUUUAUUGACACAGAGGGAAGUUUUAUGAUUGAUAGAGUGGUAACCCUUGCAACUGCCUGCAUUCAGCACCUUCGUCUUAUAGCAGGAGCACACAUGGACGAAGACCAUCAGAAAGCCUUAGAGGAUUUCACUCUUGAAAAUAUUCUUUCCCGUAUUUAUUAUUUCCGUUGUCAUGAUUACACCGAGCUGCUGGCGCAAGUCUAUCUCCUUCCAGAUUUCCUUUCAGAGCAUUCAAAGGUGCGGUUGGUGAUCAUAGAUGGUAUUGCUUUUCCUUUUCGUCAUGACCUUGAUGAUCUAUCCCUUCGUACUCGACUACUAAAUGGCCUAGCCCAACAAAUGAUCAGCCUUGCAAAUAAUCACAGGUUAGCUGUUAUUUUAACUAAUCAAAUGACAACAAAGAUUGAUAAAAAUCAAGCAUUACUUGUCCCUGCAUUAGGGGAAAGCUGGGGACAUGCUGCUACAAUAAGGCUUAUUUUUCACUGGGAACAAAAGCAAAGCAGGUUUGCAACAUUGUACAAGUCACCAAGCCAGAAGGAGUCCACAGUACCGUUUCAAAUCACAGCGGCAAGCAUAUUUGAGGACAGUUUUGAUGUGAGAACAUCACCAAAACAGUACUUACAGAGUACUGUAGUCAGAGUUGAACUGAACUUGAUCUUUGAGAACAGAGGAAAUAUGUAUGUUCGUUCCAUGGCAUCUGUGAAAUCUACAAAGAUUUUUAUGUUGGAAGUUUUCAAAAGGAAAAGAUACAAUUGGACAUGAUGGCACACGCCUGAACUUAGGAGACUGAGGUAGACCAGCAUAGUCAGCAUGAGGUCCUGUCUUAAAGUACCAGCAACAGCAACAAGAAGUUAAGUGUUAAUCGUGGUAGUUUUGGUCUGUAGAUAGUUGUAACACUUUGAAAUGCUAAUUCCCUGAGCAUUGGCAUCAUUGGACUCCAGACCCAAAUUGGCCUCAAACUCUCUUUAAAACUAAGCCUGACCUUGAGAGUCAUUGUUUAUUUAAUAUAGUUUACAGUUUG